AGAAGGAGGAGGAGAAGGAAGAGGACAAGAAGAAGAAGAAGAAGAAGAAGAACGAGGAGAAGGAGGAGGAAGAGGAGAAGAAGAAGAAGAAAGUAGUCACAUCCUUUGGAUUUUCCCAGAUAGUAAGGCUGAAGUUAAAAGCAUAAUUAAGGUAGAAAUGAAAAAGAAAUGGCAGGAAGUUUGGAACAGGGAACCGAAAGGGAGACGUUACUAUAGAAUCCAAAAGAAAGUAGGAGAAAUGAGGGAAACCAGUAGAUCAAAAGAAGAAGAAGGAUGAGGUUUGGGCAUACUGGUCUUAAUAGUACACUGAAGAUAAUUGGUAAACAUGAGACUGGUGUGUGUGAGUCCUGUAACAUACAGGAAACUGUAAUUAUCAGCUGUCCGAGGUACGAGCAGGAAAGACAGAGACUAAAAAGCAAACUGGCAAGAGAUCGCAGUGAGUUCGGACUAAAGGAGUCACUCCAACUGAACUCAGGGCAAUAUUUAGGUUUUUGGAAAAGACAGGACUUAGAAGAAGACUACAGGGUAGGAAAAGACCAGUCUGAUCCACACUCCAUUUCAGAAGGUGGCGGUAAUGCACCAAAAGCUGUUUGCCAACCGCCAUAAAACACCAGAAGAAGAAGGAGAAGAAGAAGAAGAAUUUUCCCAAACAGAGUAACUGUUAGCAUGUUGCUAAUAUACAUCCGUGUAGAGGAGGCUGUACUGCUGCAGUUCUAGUAAAAGUCGGGGAAUGUGUCAUCUUUUCUUUUCAGUUACGUUACAACCCGUUGACAAAUUGGCAAUAAAAAGUGAUUAAUACAUACAAUUAAUACGUAAAGUGCUUCUGAAUCUUACAUAUGGCAGCCUUCAGUUUUCCUCCUUCGGCUCAAAGUGGAGUCUGAACCAGACUGUAAAAACAGAAGUGAACACCUUCCCUUACCCGGUUACUUACUCACUAAGUGAACUAAAUAUGUUCUUUUACAGAGUUUUAGGGAGCACAAACACGGGAGAUGUAAUCAGUUAACAGUCUUGGGGUCUGAUCCUAUAUUGAUUCUUUGUGACGGAAUAAUCUUAACUCUGGGCCAGGGACGCUGCCCGCUCCCCGGCAUGCGUGACCGGCCGAAGAUCCACGUCUUCCUGGGGGCUCCACCUCCCUCCUCUGGCCCAGGCUUGGUGUCUGGUGCUGGGGUGGAGGGUGAGGAGCGUUCCCCUGCCGACUGGAGACACCUGGAGCUCACCUGGCAGCAUGGACGUCUGAGGCCUGCAACAGAUGAGGCUGGAAAUCAAGCGAAAUUAUCAUCAGAGGAGGAAAGAACCAGCAGGAAGAACGUAGAAUCUGACCGAUCCACGCAGAGUUUACAAAGAGAAGAUGAUGAAACAAACACACGAGGACGUGGAAGGACGAGCUGGAUCUGGCUGUAAACUUAACGCCGAUAAGAAAGAUCUGCCUUCAGACGAUCGCAGACCUGCAGAGAGAUUUCUGAGCCGAGAUGAAGAAUCAAAUCCCGGAAAGGAAGAUCAGUGUUCGGCUUCAAUUCAUGAGUAUCUGGACAGCUGUUUCCCUGCAGCUCAAUCAGAAUCAGAAAAACCAGAACCUGAACCUCCACAUUGUUCCAAACACCAGUCGUCACCAGCCGUCCCCCCUCUGUCCGCCCAGGCUCAGUACCUCACCACCUGGACUCUGAGUCAGGCAUUAAUCCUGAGAGGCAGGCGGAGAGUCCAGUCAGCAGCUACCCCUGAGAAAACCCCACCCAAACACCCCCAAACACCACCAUCUGUCUCCUCCAGCACCCCGGAGCUCUUCAGCCCCCUAACCCCCUCACCUGGAGCCUCUGCAGAGCUCUUCAGCCAACCCUGCCCAACCCCGAGGGCGGAGGAAGGGGGCGUCGUCAUCGAGGCCACCACAGACGGGGUGCUCUGCUCCCAGGAGGCUGAGCAACAGGAGUCCACGACCGCCCAAGACUCCACCUCCUCCAAAUCCCCUGAUUUCAAGAAAGCUCGAGUCUCAGAAAACCUCAGGACCGAAGCGUCUGUGGCGCCGUCAGACAGCACCGCUGCCGCCGGGCUCCGAGGUCCCACCACGCUUCUGAUCCGGUGUGACAAACGGGGGGUACAGUACUCGGUUCUGGUGGCGGUGGUUCACCCCUGUCACCUGAAGGAGGUCAAGGUGAAGUCGGGGCCGACGGCAGGGACCUUCGUUCCUCUGGCGUCCAUCGUGGUAACGGACCAAUCAGGUGUGGAGAUGAAGGUGGUGCUGUGGCGGCGAGCGGCGUUCUGGGCGUUGACCGUCAGUCCUGGAGACGUUCUGCUCAUCACAGGACUGCAGGUGAAUGAUGACAGGUGGAGAGGAGAGACGGUGCUGCAGUCGACCUUCAGCAGCAAACUGCUUAACCUGGGACAGAUCACUGCCUCCACCUCACCACCAGUUCCUCAGCACGCUAAUGCUCGCUCUCUCAGCUCUCUGUGUAGCUUUCUUCGGGAGCGUCGCCCCCUGCUGGUGUCUUUGAACCUCCGCCCCCCUCAGGACCUGAACCGCCUCCCCUACGCCACCCUGAGGUCACUGAGGGUCAACACGCUGGUUCACGCCCUGCUGCGUGUCAAACACACGCACAUCAGCACAGAGUGGCGGAGUGAGGCGGAGUCUCGCUGGAGGUCUGCUGUUCAGCUGAAGGCCGUGCUGACUGUGGAGCAGCCUGACGGCCAGCAGGGGGCGCUGCUGCUGUGGGGAGCAGCUGUGGACUGGCUGCCUCGCUUCAACAGAGACAGAGCGGCUGUCUGGGACUUCCACGUCCUCCUGGUGAGGGAGCCUUUGACCUCUGACUUCCCGGAGCUGCACUCCACCCCCUGGAGCUCCGUCCAGCGUCUGGACCCUGCCAACCGCCGGGCGCAGCACUUUCUCCAACCACGACCCAUUCGAACAGGAAGCAGCAGCAGUCUGGAGCUGGACCUCGACACGCUGCUGUCCCAGAAAUACAGCGGUGACGUGGAGCUCAGAGUCCAGGUCACCACCUUCCACUUCCAGCAGUCUCAGCCUUCCCAGAACGCACCUCAGCUGACCCUGGACGGCUCCACACCGCUGGAUGGUAUCCUGGAGGUGCUGAGCGGUGACGUCACCUACACCGGCUGCGGUCGCUGCUCCGCUGAGCUCGAUACCGACGCCAAUGGCAUCUACUGCCCCUGUUACCCCUGCCUGCCCCACACCGCCGUACGCCGCUACUACAGGCCAGGUGUGCUGACAGUGAGUGGGCGGAGCAGCAGUCAGGUGUGUGUUCAGGUUCCUCCUGUUCUGCUGCAGAAGAUCCUCGAAGCUCCACCUGAUAAACUCCACAGGAGCUCAGCUCCAGGUUCAGAGGUGAAGCACAUCCAGGUGGCAGCAGAGAGGAUCCAGGCCCUCCUCUCCCUCCCGAGAAAAGCCUUCAUCAUCACCAUGCGGAGCCACUUCCUGUGCGACGAGAACAGCGUCCCCAUCAAUCAGGACUUCACACUCCUGGACCUUCAGUUCCCCAGCUGACGGACUGCAGAUGACCAACAUUGCUGCAAAAAUUACUGAGAAUUUUGAGGGUAAAUCUUUCCCCCGUUAUGAAUGUAAACUGCGUUUGUUCCAAUGCGAGAAAGGAAAGCUCGACAGGUGUAGCAACAGUAACUAAAGGGGGGCGGGGCUUAGCACACAGUCAAUUAUCAAUAAACCAAAUUUUAUCCAAACCGUGACAAUGUUUUGGAGAGGAUUUCUGGUGCUUUCGGAGGAUAUUUAGACAUUAGAUUUGACUGUUUAUUGAAGCUCAUUUGGCAGCCCAGAUAUUUGAUCGUGUGUCAAACAUCAACAUGUUUACAGGUACAAUAUCAGGAUGUUUUUAAAUUAAUCUCCAAACAAACUUGUAUUCCUGGUUUAUGUUCCUGUACAUUCUAGUUAAUGUGGAUAUGAGUGGUUUUUAUUGUUUUGUUCAUCACAUCAUCAAAUCAUCUCAGUUAGCUGUGUGAGCUAACCUAUAUCACAAUAUUACUGUGACCAAAAUCUCAUUUCACAUUAUCAAUACAGUAUUUUAUCAAUAUUAAAUCACCCAGCUUUAAAUGCA